AUGACUGCAGAACCCUCAGUUGGUUUUGUAAUGAAUGACGGUACGAUUGUAAAUAACUUCGCCUACGAACAAGAUACCCUGCUGUCAUUGAGCACAGACAGCAACGUCGACGUUAACGGAGUGUAUGCCUACAAGGUUGACGGUUCUUCGGUUAUCGAUCCGGUCUGCAAUCCUGGACCUGGAGCAGAGUUGGUUAUCACACCAGCCCGGUGUGGAAUGAUGGGAGGUGAAAAAAUCUACCUCUACGGACCAUGCUGGGCGGUGGAGGCAGUUCAGACCUGUGUCUUCUCUUAUGGCGGAGAAAUCAUUCAGCAAGUCAACGCUACAGUCAUCAACACCAAUGAAGCCUACUGUGUCCCAGAGCCUUUCUUUCUCGUUGGUGAAGUCACCAUUACGGUGUUAGAGGCAGGCGAUGAGCUCGCAAACUCGCCCUCAACAAUUUACUCCGUCAUUGAAAGUGGGAGAAUCACUCCAACUGUCACUAGGCGAGACUCUGAUACUUCCUCGUGGGACAAGGCCGGAAACUCCCUAGCCAUCAGUUGGGACGUAGAUCAAGAAAGCUUUGGCCCCUCCGACAGCGCCCUCUCAAUAACUGUUCUAGCAUACCGCGAGGACAACCCUGGGCCUCGAUGGGAAAACGUAUACAUGAUAACAAACGGUACUGCAGAUGAUGGCUCGUAUUCGUUCACUCCGACGGCACAGAUGGACGUGACAGAGGCGAAUGCAUUCGGUGUCAUUCGAAUUACCGGGCAGGACAACGGUCGUCAACGUGUUCUCUGGAGUGACAUACACCCUCUUGGCUAUCUAUUGGAACAGUCCUACCAGGACGAUUCUGUCCAGUGGGCCACGGAGAAAUGCAAUGAGUGGAUUACAGCAGACAACGCCAAGGGCGACUUUCUUAAUAACCUACCGGCUUGCCCGUGCACCCUUGACCAGGCUGAGCAGGACGUCGGGACCUUCAUCACUGAUCCAUCAUGCUAUCCAGAGGGCGGAGAAGACACUUGCGCCGAGCACGAAGGAGCCAUAUACUGCUUCUUCAGCGCUUAUGCAAGCCCUAACACAAUGUCUGGAACCAAAUGCUGCUACGAUGCAAACCGUCUAUUGAUGCACUCCGGGGAUACCAUGUAUGCCGGUAUGGCCGGUCGGUCCCAUAUUCGCGGUUCCAAUCCCUACAUGGCGAGGAACCUAGUCCCGGAACUGUCCCAUUGGUCUAAUGACAUCAUCGCCAAACACUUCUGUUGUGGCUGGGCUGGGGAGAAGGAAUGCUUUGACUACAUCACAUUGAGACCUACCACCGAUUGCGCCAUUUACGAACCCCCAAAUAACGCAUUAUCGUUUGGAGAUCCCCAUUUCAUCACGAUGGAUAGGUACAACUAUACAUUUAAUGGUUUAGGCGAAUUCACCCUUCUCCGUUACGCUACAAGUGGGACAAAGACCGGUGCUUCUGACUUUGAGCUUCAAGCAAGGCAGAUAAAGACUAUGGAUAGGAAUGGUCAACAGGUAGACGUUACACAGCUGUCGUCGGUAGCAAUGAAGGACAGCGGCUCGGACAGUAUCUUCGUUGAGGCGAGCGCAACCAGCGGAAUGGACGUCUACAGGAGGAGCAUGGAUGAAAACGGCGAAUGGCAAUCGGUGUACUUCUCACAGCAGACCUUCACCGAUUUACAAGGGUGUGCCGUGGAUGUCACAAGGUUUGAGCGCGAUGUCGAAAUCUACGGUGUGGUCGUCAUGUUUAAAGAAACCGGCAUCGGGGUCUACGUAACCUACGACUAUGGAAUGCUUGCUGUACGACCGAUCCUCCCUUCAAAGUUAAAUAGCGAUCAUCUGUCUGGGUUGCUAGGCAACAUGGAUGGUGACCCUAGCAACGACCUGACGAGCAGAAACAAUAACAACCCUCUUGAUGACCCGACCGAUGAAGAGAUAUUCCAGUUCGGUCAAACAUGUAAGAUUUAUUAGAUUGCAUUCAAUCGAACAAUGGUGUAAUUUAUUGAUCACGAUUUUGAUGGAAACCCUGACAUAAAUGUAUUGAUAUU